UCGCCUCUCGCACAACCAGCAGCAGGAGCGUGUGUGCCUCACUUUGACAGCAGCACUGACUCUCUCUCGGUGUCUUCGUUUCUUUCUCCCCCGGGGCGUCUCACUUCCCCUCCCCCCCCUCAACCUUCUCCUCCCAAACCUUCCCGGCCCCCCUUCCCCGCCCCUCUACCCCUCUUCGCUCUGACAAACCAUCCUCAGCGGGGACAGUGCAGUUCAUUCUGGGCCUGGGUGGAAUAGAGACACAAUUCUUCAUCUGACUGGUAGGAGAGGGAAGCGAAGACUCCUCAAGAUUUCCAAAGAGGUCCGAGCUGGCUGCCUUAGGAAACCUUGAGGAGUUUUGUGCUUUUAAUCCUCCAGUUAUCAAUUGCUGUGUGUGUGUAAAGUUGUAAAUUGUUGGUAAUGAAAGACAGCCACUUGCCUGGGCCUUGAUAUCCUCAUUAAGAGUGUAUGACUGACAGCAUGUUGGCAUCAGCAUUGAAGGAACUGAUCAGCCUCAACUCCUGCUCUCUGUCCUGAGACGAGAACAACAGGAUGUGCCUUGGAGAAAGGUCUCAGGGUGGAGAAUUUUUCACUGACUCACAGACCAGUAAGCUCAUGGUGAGAAGUCCGGUGAACAUCAGUGGGAUCUGAAGAGACUCAACACCACUUGGAAGUGAAGCCAGUCACUGAGGCUCUGAAAGAACUUCAACAGAAAUUUCAGACCGGACAGGCUCGCAGUGGCUUCUGAGCCAGUGAGAGAGAGGCUGCCAAAGUAUGCUGGUGCCAAGCUGCCGGAUGAUGCACGUAGCCAGGCCAGUGGUGGUGCUCCUGUGCUUCUUCCUCUGUGCUAAUGCUGAGACACCGCCGAGGUUUACACGAACCCCCGUUGAUCAGACAGGGGUCUCUGGAGGAGUUGCUUCAUUCAUCUGCCAAGCAACAGGAGACCCAAGACCUAAAAUUGUAUGGAACAAAAAGGGAAAGAAAGUCAGCAACCAGAGAUUUGAGGUAGUAAUAGAGUUUGAUGAUGGAUCGGGAUCUGUUCUCAGAAUACAGCCUCUACGGACUCCACGGGAUGAGGCUAUUUAUGAAUGUGUUGCCUCCAACAGUGUUGGAGAAAUAAGUGUAUCAACGAGACUCACUGUCUUACGUGAGGAUCAAAUUCCACGGGGCUUUCCCACCAUCGACAUGGGGCCCCAAUUAAAAGUGGUAGAGCGCACGCGCACUGCCACCAUGCUUUGUGCAGCCAGCGGUAACCCAGACCCAGAAAUAACCUGGUUCAAAGAUUUCUUACCUGUUGACACAAGCAACAAUAACGGACGCAUCAAGCAGUUACGAUCAGAAUCUAUUGGUGGUACACCAAUAAGAGGUGCCCUCCAAAUCGAACUGAGUGAAGAGUCUGACCAAGGAAAAUAUGAGUGUGUUGCAACCAACAGUGCGGGUACUCGCUAUUCUGCCCCUGCCAAUCUAUAUGUCAGAGAGCUGCGAGAAGUUCGCCGUGUUCCACCAAGAUUCUCUAUCCCACCUACAAACCAUGAGAUCAUGCCUGGGGGCAGUGUUAACAUUACCUGUGUUGCCGUGGGGUCACCAAUGCCAUAUGUUAAGUGGAUGCUAGGGGCUGAAGAUUUGACACCUGAAGAUGACAUGCCAAUAGGGAGAAAUGUCCUAGAAUUGAAUGAUGUGAGGCAAUCUGCCAAUUAUACAUGUGUUGCUAUGUCAACACUUGGUGUCAUAGAAGCAAUAGCACAGAUCACUGUUAAAGCCUUACCCAAACCUCCAGGAACUCCGGUAGUGACUGAAAGCACAGCCACAAGCAUCACAUUGACUUGGGACUCUGGGAACCCUGAGCCAGUCUCAUACUAUAUAAUCCAGCAUAAACCUAAAAGCUCUGAUGAACCCUAUAAGGAAAUCGAUGGUGUGGCAACUACACGCUAUAGUGUUGCUGGCCUAAGCCCCUACUCUGAUUAUGAAUUCAGAGUGGUGGCUGUUAAUAACAUUGGGCGUGGCCCACCCAGUGAACCCGUGUUGACUCAGACCUCAGAACAAGCCCCAUCCAGUGCCCCCCGUGACGUGCAAGCGCGGAUGUUGAGCUCAACCACCAUUUUGGUGCAGUGGAAAGAACCCGAGGAGCCUAAUGGCCAGAUCCAAGGCUACCGAGUUUAUUACACCAUGGACCCUACUCAGCAUGUCAACAAUUGGAUGAAACACAAUGUAGCCGACAGUCAGAUCACCACUAUUGGGAAUCUUGUGCCACAGAAAACUUACUCUGUGAAGGUGUUGGCCUUUACUUCGAUUGGAGAUGGACCCCUGUCCAGUGACAUUCAAGUCAUUACUCAAACAGGAGUACCAGGACAGCCAUUGAACUUCAGAGCAGAGCCUGAGUCUGAAACAAGCAUUUUACUUUCUUGGACACCCCCACGCUCUGACACCAUCUCCAACUAUGAGCUGGUUUACAACGAUGGAGACCAUGGGGAGGAGCAACGAAUUACCAUUGAGCCAGCCACAUCCUAUCGGCUACAAGAACUGAAACCAAACAGUUUGUACUACUUUCGUCUUGCUGCUCGCUCACCUCAAGGCCUUGGUGCUUCGACUGCAGAAAUCUCCGCCAGAACCAUGCAGUCAAAGCCGUCAGCUCCUCCUCAAGACAUUAGUUGCACCAGCCCAAGCUCUACUAGCAUUUUGGUAAGUUGGCAACCUCCACCAGUGGAAAAACAGAAUGGCCUUAUCACUGAAUAUUCCAUCAAAUACAUUGGAAUGGACGGGGAAGAUGACAAGCCCCAUGAAAUUUUGGGAAUCUCUUCGGACACUACCCAGUACCUUUUGGAACAGUUGGAAAAAUGGACUGAAUAUCGGAUUUCUGUGACAGCCCACACAGAUGUCGGACCUGGCCCGGAGAGCUUAUCCGUAAUAAUUCGGACCGAUGAAGAUGUUCCUAGUGGUCCUCCUCGCAAAGUCGAGGUAGAGGCUGUCAACUCUACAUCUGUUAAAGUGUCAUGGCGCUCACCUGUGCCCAAUAAACAGCAUGGUCAGAUCCGAGGAUACCAGGUGCAUUAUGUGAGGAUGGAAAAUGGCGAGCCCAAGGGUCAACCCAUGCUGAAGGAUGUUAUGCUGGCUGAUGCACAGUGGGAAUUUGAUGAUACUGCUGAACAUGACAUGAUCAUUUCUGGACUACAGCCAGAAACAUCUUACUCUCUCACUGUGACAGCCUACACAACCAAAGGCGAUGGUGCCCGCAGCAAGCCCAAACUGGUGUCGACCACUGGUGCAGUUCCAGGGAAACCGCGGCUUGUGAUUAGCCACACACAGAUGAACACGGCACUGAUUCAGUGGCACCCUCCCAUUGACACAUUUGGCCCCCUUCAGGGCUACCGCCUCAAAUUUGGCCGCAAGGACGUGGAUCUGCUCACCACGCUUGAAUUCUCCGAGAAAGAAGACCACUUUACAGCUACAGACAUCCACAAAGGGGCAUCCUACAUCUUCAAGCUCUCAGCUAAAAACAAAGUGGGCUUUGGCGAGGAGAUGGUAAAAGAGAUUUCUGUUCCAGAAGAGGUACCCAAUGGAUUCCCUCAAAACCUCCAGUCAGAAGGCACCACUUCUACAUCGGUCCAGUUAUCCUGGCAGCCACCCGUUCUGGCAGAGAGAAACGGCAUUAUCACCAAAUACACUCUGCUCUUUAGGGAUAUCAACCUCCCACAUCACCCAGUGGAGCAGUCCAUUGUUCCCGCUGACACCACUGUGACACUCACUGGCUUAAAACCAGAUACCACAUAUGAUGUAAAAGUACGUGCUCACACAAGCAAAGGGCCCGGGCCAUAUAGUCCAAGUGUCCAGAUCAGGACACUACCUGUGGAUCAAGCAGUGUUUGCAAAAAAUUUUCAUGUGAAAGCAGUAAUGAAGACCUCGGUAUUGCUGUCUUGGGAGAUUCCAGAGAAUUACAAUUCUGCAAUGCCUUUCAAAAUCCUUUAUGAUGAUGGAAAAAUGGUGGUUGAGGCGGACGGCCGGGCCACACAGAAGUUGAUCAUCAACCUGAAGCCGGAGACAUCUUAUUCCUUUGUGCUGACAAAUCGUGGGAACAGUGCUGGUGGUCUUCAGCACAGGGUGACGGCCAAAACAGCCCCAGAUGUCCUACGCACUAAGCCAGCUUUCAUUGGCAAGACCAACCUAGAUGGGAUGAUAACUGUGCAGUUACCAGAAGUACCAGCAGACGAGAAUAUCAAAGGAUACUACAUAGUGAUUGUGCCUUUGAAGAAAUCACGUGGAAAAUUUAUCAAGCCAUGGGAGAGCCCAGAUGAAAUGGAAUUAGAUGAGCUGCUUAAGGAAAUAUCCAGAAGACGCAGAAGCAUUCGCUUUGGGAGAGAAGUUGAAUUAAAGCCAUAUAUAGCUGCCCACUUUGAUGUCCUUCCGACGGAGUUCACCCUGGGAGAUGACAAACAUUACGGUGGCUUUACAAACAAACAGCUCCAAAGUGGUCAAGAAUAUGUCUUCUUUGUUUUAGCUGUAAUGGAGCACUCUGAAUCUACAAUGUAUGCAACCAGCCCCUAUUCAGAUCCUGUCGUGUCCAUGGACCUUGACCCCCAACCAAUUACAGAUGAAGAAGAAGGGUUGAUUUGGGUUGUAGGACCAGUACUUGCAGUUGUGUUUAUCAUCUGUAUUGUCAUAGCUAUUCUCCUCUAUAAAAGCAGUAAACCUGACAGGAAGAGGGCGGAGUCUGAUUCAAGAAAGAGCAGCAUACCUAACAGCAAAGAGAUUCCAUCCCAUCAUCCAACAGAUCCAGUGGAGCUGAGGCGCCUUAAUUUUCAAACUCCAGGUUCAGGUGUCUCCGGUUACCCUGGUAACCUUCAUUCUUCAAGUAUGGCUAGCCAUCCUCCAAUUCCUAUCUUGGAACUUGCAGAUCACAUUGAAAGGUUGAAAGCUAAUGACAACUUGAAGUUCUCACAAGAAUAUGAGUCGAUUGAUCCUGGGCAGCAGUUCACAUGGGAGCACUCUAACCUGGAAGUGAACAAGCCAAAGAACAGAUAUGCAAAUGUAAUUGCAUAUGAUCAUUCCCGAGUUCUCCUAUCAGCAAUCGAAGGCAUACCUGGAAGUGAUUAUGUCAAUGCCAACUACAUUGAUGGUUAUAGAAAACAGAAUGCCUACAUAGCUACACAAGGAUCUCUCCCUGAAACAUUUGGAGACUUCUGGAGAAUGAUGUGGGAACAGCGGGGUGCAACCGUGGUCAUGAUGACAAAAUUAGAAGAAAGAUCUAGGGUGAAGUGUGACCAGUAUUGGCCCAGCAGAGGAACUGAGACAUAUGGGUUGAUCCAAGUGACUCUACUAGAUACGGUGGAACUGGCAACGUAUUGUGUUCGAACAUUUGCACUUUACAAAAAUGGUUCAAGUGAGAAAAGAGAAGUAAGGCAGUUCCAGUUCACUGCCUGGCCGGACCAUGGCGUACCAGAACACCCAACACCUUUUCUGGCUUUCCUACGACGAGUCAAGACUUGUAACCCUCCUGAUGCGGGACCUAUGGUUGUGCAUUGCAGUGCUGGAGUUGGCAGGACUGGCUGCUUCAUUGUAAUAGAUGCCAUGUUAGAGAGAAUAAAGCAUGAAAAGACUGUAGAUAUUUAUGGUCACGUAACUUUAAUGAGAGCCCAGAGGAAUUACAUGGUUCAGACUGAGGACCAAUACAUCUUUAUACACGAUGCCCUGUUAGAAGCAGUGACAUGUGGAAAUACUGAAGUGCCAGCUAGAAACCUGUAUGCUUAUAUUCAGAAGCUGACACAAAUAGAAACAGGAGAAAAUGUCACAGGAAUGGAACUGGAAUUUAAGCGACUGGCUAGCUCUAAAGCUCACACUUCAAGAUUCAUCAGUGCCAAUCUUCCAUGUAAUAAAUUCAAAAAUCGCCUUGUUAAUAUUAUGCCAUAUGAAUCCACAAGGGUAUGCCUGCAGCCAAUCCGAGGAGUAGAAGGCUCUGACUAUAUCAAUGCCAGUUUUAUUGAUGGAUACAGGCAACAAAAAGCCUACAUAGCUACACAGGGCCCAUUGGCAGAGACAACUGAAGACUUCUGGAGAAUGCUGUGGGAACAUAACUCCACAAUUGUUGUCAUGCUCACCAAACUUCGAGAAAUGGGCAGAGAAAAAUGUCACCAGUAUUGGCCUGCAGAACGUUCAGCCCGGUAUCAGUACUUUGUAGUGGAUCCCAUGGCCGAGUACAACAUGCCACAGUAUAUCCUAAGAGAAUUCAAGGUCACCGACGCCAGGGAUGGUCAGUCCAGAACAGUGAGACAAUUCCAGUUCACUGACUGGCCAGAGCAGGGAGUGCCAAAGUCUGGAGAGGGAUUUAUUGAUUUCAUAGGCCAAGUGCAUAAAACAAAAGAACAAUUUGGUCAAGAUGGGCCUAUCUCCGUCCACUGCAGCGCGGGCGUUGGAAGGACUGGUGUAUUUAUAACACUGAGCAUUGUGUUGGAAAGAAUGAGAUACGAAGGUGUCGUAGAUAUCUUCCAGACUGUCAAAAUGCUGAGGACCCAACGGCCUGCCAUGGUACAGACAGAGGAUCAAUAUCAGUUCUGCUAUCGAGCCGCACUAGAAUACCUGGGCAGCUUUGAUCACUAUGCAACGUAAAAACUCCUGACCCAUCCUGGAUUUUUACUGCAGGCCCUUUAAGAUCCAGAGAGCCUCUUCUGAGCCAUACAGUGUGCUUGAGAAGUACUUCUUAACUUCUAGCUAAAGACCAAUUAGUGGGAAUAUAUAUAUUAAAAAAAAUACAAAAAACACACACACACAAAAAAACUAUUCCAGGUGGACCAAGAAUUCACAAUUUAAUAACCUAACCUGAAAAAUAAUAAAGAGAAUCCUGACUCGUGAGGCGUCUGAAGGAUUUCAUUUACAGAUACCUCAAGGAUUCAACUUUUGUUGAAAUUAAAGGGAAGAGGAAAUUAGUGCAAAGAACCACCAUCUUGUUCAGGAUUGCAUGAUAGGUGUAGACGAGAUAUCUUGAGAGCAUUGCAAUUCGGUGCAAGAUGUUUGUUAAAGAGCCAUUUUGGCUUCUUAAAAACAAAAUUUAAAAAAAUGGACUCUUUGCUUCAACAUCACCCCUUCCCAUCAUAAUGCUCAUAAUAACACUUUAGGGGUAAAGGGGGGGAAUGUUUAAAAAGAAAGUCUUUGAUUUAGUUUUUUAGUAUUGUAAAGAUACUGCUGACCUGUGCUUCAUUUUAAACUGUGUAAACCUUUUCCUUUCUUUAACAAGUUAAUCAUCCAAUGAAGUGAAUUUAAAAAGAUUGCAUAGCUGUUCAUUUUUUUCUUUCAUAAUUGUUGGUUCUUUUUAACUGUAGAACUGUUCUCUGUAAUAUCUUGCUGUAGAAAUGUUAAAUAAUUGGGAAAUUUGCACAUUUUUGUGCAUUACUAUAUUUAUCUACAGUACCACAGUCUUGUCAUAUAUUACUUUACACUUCUGUUCAGUUUCAUUUUAUAGGGAAGUUCCCAUUGUAAUCAGUUAUUCAAAAUGGGUUUUUCUUUGGUUUGUUGGUUUUUUUUUUUGGAAUCAACAGGGAAGCGCAAAGUAUAAAGCUGCUACUAACUUAUAUAUACAUAUAUACACCUAGAUGCUUCUCUAUAUAUGUAUAUAUAUAGUGUAUCCACACAUCAAUAUAGAUCUAUAGCUAUAUAUCAGUUCUUCCAUGAUUUGGAUGUUUUGAAGUGGGGGACUAAUGAUCCAAAAUACCACACAAUUCAUAUUUUUUCAAUAUAUAUGCAUUUCUAAAUUCCAAGACAUUUAAAGGGAAAUGAGGAAUGCACAUCAGUGAUACUCAAACACAUCCCCAAUCUCCUGUUCUCCUCUCCUCCCCACCCUGAGAAAAAAAAGAGAAACACAUUCACGAACAAAUAACAUUUUGUUAGCAAGGCUUCCCAUGAAGUUCAAUAUUUGUAACACUCUAGUGCAAUAAAAAUCAUAGUAUUAAAUAUAUAAGAGGUGUGCAUGUGGGCAAGGUCAGUGCAUAUCCCUUUAGGCAGGGAGAAUGUUGUUCUUUAUUAGCUCUCAAGAUGUUUAAAAAGUGUACUCAAUCGUAUAUUGUCUAUAGUGUAUGCUAUGAAAUUUGCAUUUAUGACAUGUAACAGAGGCAAAGCCCAACUUUUGUUGCUCUGUUGAAUCAGAAACAUUUCGUGGUAUGCAGCAUUUUUGGAAAAUGCUGUAUUUUUUUCUUUUGUUUUAAUUUUGCAUUUAGAGUGCCUUAUAUUUGAUAGCGUUUUUUUUAGGGUUUUUUUUCUGUAUUUACAAUAGUUAUUCAGAUCAGUUACUUUUUCAAUUAAAGCAUAAUCUUUAUUUUAGCACAUGUACAAGAACACUUUGACAAAUAUGCAUUCCUCACUUUUAACCAUGUAGGAGAUGUUAUUGAUUAUACCAACCCAAAGCACUUGAGUAGUCAGGCCCCUUUAUCUUUUCGUUAUUCCUGGCAUCCACCCUGGCCAGUAGCCAGCCCAGUGGUCCAUUGUUCUUUCCAUAUCUCCCUUCACAGCAGAGUCAUUUAAAAUGUCAGAAUUCCCAUUUGAAACAUGUAAUGCUGCACUAAUCAUAAUUAUUUUAAAGAUGAAUAAAUCAUGGGUAUCAUGGUCUCUUGAAAGCUGCAUUUGGUUUUUCCAUGUAGGUGAGAAUAGUCGUUUUCACAGCACAGAGUAUUUUCCCGAGACACUUAAUAGGAAGACAUUAAGGAUAGUACUGGUCUCUGCCAUGCUUUGUAUCACUUUGAAAAAUCUCUCUUAAGAUGUCCAAUGAAUUCAUAAGAAGAUGGGUACAAAUGACUUUAUUUUAGCUAUGUUGCUGUUUCACAAAUGGGAUUUUGUUAGGUCCACAUUUUUCCAUUCUUACCAGAAAGAAAUGUCAGAGACCAAACCCUGUCAAGCAUCAUAUUUGAGCACUUUUGUAAAAAAAAAGAAAAAGAAAUAAUAAUAAUAAUAAUAAAAAGUAUUCUAGAAGGCUACCUCAGAAUGAGACUCAGUAACCUACAUUAGAACCAGAAAUGAAUGUGCACUAUUUGGUUUUGUUGUAAAUUCUUUCUUCAUUUAUAAAUUUAGGAUAUAUUAAAGUGCCCGAUUACUUAGUGCAGUCAUAUCCUUUUAGCCAAAUGACACGCAUCACUGAAAACACACCAUUUUGGAAAUGUAGAAUUGGAAGGACUGUUGCACACCAGAGUUGUUAAUAAAUGAGCAGUUUCUCUCAAAGAAACUCUUGAAAAUUCUGUCAAACUAAAUGAACACUAAUCAUGAAACAAAAAUGAAUGAGUAAUGUACCAGAGACAAAAGAGGCCGAGGCAACUCCAGUAUCUUGCUGUUCAGUUAUUGAUGAAAACUCCCUUAGCGUUUGUCAUUGAUGUGCAUUCCAUUUUCUAUGCUUUUCUGAAUAGCUGUUCUCUUUUUAAUUGCAGCAGUAAACAUCUUUACCUGCAAUUAUCACAAACGUCCAAAUUUCCAAUUAGUUUUCCCAUCAUAAUCAGUACGGUGCUAUUAUUUACCUAUGUAUGUGUAGUUAUGUAUAAUUUUGUAAUUAGUUAUAAUGGUAAAAAAAUUCAAAAUAUAUGAAAAAUAAUUUGUACAGAACUUUAUUUUAGCUCUUUUUAAAAAAUUAUUUGCAUGGUUAGACGAUGGAGAGGACAGCCAGGGGAGGGAAGGGCCUCUAGGGAGAUUUGCACUUUCUAUACCUUUGUACUAUGCACUGCCCUAUUGAUUCUACACCCAGUAAUGUUAUUACUUGAACCCAUAUGUAAGAAACUGCUUCUGAAAUUCACUCGUGUGUAUGUAAAUAACCCAGAACAUAGAAACGGGAAGGGGUGGGGGGGGGAGGGGGAAGUCUGCAAAGGCCAUGUGACUUUUUCCCCUUUCCUUUCCUUUUUUGGCUUUUUUGUUCAUUUGUUUGUUUCCUUCCUUCUUUCCAUUUUCUUUUUGGGGUCUUGGUUUCCUUUGGGUAUUUGGGUGCCCUGAUACUCCAGCAGAUAUCAGAAGGCUACAGAUCCAUCCUAUCCAUCUGUUCCGUGGCUUUGCCAUUCAAGCUUGGAGUGUCUUUACAAAGAUAAUAAAAGUUGUGUUCUUUGCUCUCGUUUUGGAUGCAUAGACUGAAAAUUUAAAAAAAAUAACUUGUAAAAUGGCUUGUUAAAAAUACAAUUACCUCUAAUUAGUAGUACGCGUAAAUGUUUUACAGAAUGAAAGGCGUGCUUUUUAUUUUCUUACUUCGUUACAUUGGUGGCGAAAGAAGUCUGUAUGAAAAUCAGUUCUUUGCUGACACAAGUUCCAUUUGUUACAAAUGAAUUCUAAUAAAAAUGUCAGUGUUAUGCA